GCUCCUCCCGCGCUUCUCCCGCGCCAUGUUGGCCGCCGCCUGGCUGGGCAGGGGCUCCUGGGGGCUCCUCCGCGCCGCGGCGCGGAGGCAGCCGGGUGGCGGCAGCGGCGGCGCGAGGCCUCUGGGCGGCCGACCCGGUCCGGCGGCGUGUGGGGGCCGGCGCGGCGGGGGCGUCUCGUGCCUGGCCGCGUGUGCGGGGCCCCCGCGGCUGCUGCGCGCGCCCGCCGCCGCCUGGCGCCUGCUGAGCGGCGGGGCCGCCCCGCCCGAGCGGCCCCCGGAGCGCGGCGCGGCCGGGCCCUACGCCGAGCUGUAUGAAAAUCCCUGGACCAUCCCAAAUAUCCUGUCCAUGGCGAGAAUGGGUCUGGCGCCAGUUUUAGGCUAUUUGAUUGUUGAAGAGAAUUUCAACGUUGCACUCGGUGUCUUUGUCCUGGCUGGCGUGACAGACCUGUUGGACGGAUUUAUUGCACGGAACUGGGCUAAUCAAAAAUCAGCACUGGGCAGUGCUCUCGAUCCCCUGGCGGAUAAAAUUCUCAUCAGUGUGCUCUACGUGAGCCUAACUUGUGCAAAUCUUAUCCCAGUUCCACUGACUUCCAUGAUUAUCCUGCGGGAUGCGGCGCUCAUUGCUGCAGUUUUUUACGUGCGAUACAAAACUCUUUCUCCACCGAGAACACUGAGUAGGUAUUUUAACCCCUGUUAUGCUACUGCACAAUUAAAACCAACAUUCAUUAGCAAGAUGAACACAGCAGUUCAGCUGAUUUUGGUGGCGGCUUCUUUAGCAGCUCCUGUUUUCAAUUAUGUGGACAGCAUAUAUCUGCAGACAUUAUGGUGCAUCACAGCUUUCACAACGGUGACAUCUGCCUACAGCUAUUACCACUACGGCAGAAAAACUGUCCAGGUGAUCAAGAACAAGUGAAGUGGUCCAGGUGAUAAAAGGUGAAGUGUUCCUGGAAGGGCAGGAAGGUGCUGUGCCCACAGAGGUGGUGGUAUUGCAGCUGAGUUUUGGAUCAAAGCGCUUUGUUUUUCUGCUUUAACCAUGGCGUCACAAUGAAGUGAAAUUUGAAUAUGUACUGUGUAUAUAUGUAGAGAGAGACUUUUCAAUGUAUUUUUAAUUUCUUUAAAAAUGAGGUUGUUUACAAAAGCAAAUAAAUUGCAUUCUUAAAUACA